AUGGCGCAAAUCAUCGAACUAUGCACGCCCCCGCCAUCCACCCCAUCGUCGUCCACGUCCUCCUCCUCGACCGUCUCUUCCGCCUUUUUCACGGCGCCUAGCACGCCAGCUACGUCGCCGGCCUCCUCGCUGCCCGCGAAACAGGGGAUCCGUAUCGUUGGUCCUGCUGCGGUGAGCCCGCUGACGCCUACGCCUGUCCGCACCGCUACGCAUGGUGAUGUUCUCCCUCUGUUCAGGGGCGCAGCCGGCGAUAGCUCGCCCGAGGAGCGUACGCAGCGCCCUUCCAACAGCCUCGGCAUCAUGCAGCGGUUUCGCGCAGCAGUGGCCAGAGGUCAGUCUGGCGCUUCGAGCAGAAACUUUUCCCCGCGCGUCUCCGCCACUGGCAACACCGACACCACGAGGGCUAGCUCCACAGCUUCCAUCGCUUCGACGGAGCAGACGAUCGCAGUCAAGACCGAAGCGCCCACCGUCAGCCUCGGCACCAGCGAUGGCGACGAGGUGUGCGUGAUGGGCGUCAAUCGCGUCGGCAGCAUGUCCGUGGUAAAAAUCGAGUCAGCUCAUCCUUCGCUCGCUAUCCCUACGACUUCCAGUCCCACUGCCGCUGCAAGUACCGCUGUCUCCGCCAGAGCACGUUCCAAGACCCCCCUCGUCCACCGCAGCUCGACGCCUACCACGGCUCGAUCGCGCACCCCGUCUGGUCGAAGCGGCUCCAUUGCUCCUCGACCUGGCUCCAUCGCACCCACGUCAAGCAUGGUGAGAUCGGCUUCUCGCGCUCUCACAUCCGGUCGCAAUCGCGCCACCUCUGUCGUCCGUGCGAACACCCCUGUUCGACGCCAGACCGGUCUGUCCGCCCGCACACCAACCCCAGUGCCGCAGCUGGCACUGCACGCCGCUCGUCGACUGCGCGAUACGACGCCAUACAGUCGCGCUUCUCGACACGACUCGGUUGCUGCUGCUGCUCAUCCGGGCUUGAACGCCCUUCGCACCAUCCCAGGAUCGCGUCGCGAGAUUCACGAUGUGGUCACGGUAGACAUCCCAUCGCAGCAGGACAUCACCGAGAGAGCUGCCCAGGGAAGCGCGGUCAGCGGUCCCGUUCGCCAGCCUAACGCACCGCUUCCUUCGACCGGAUCGACGAACAGACGCGCUGUUGAGAUCGUCGACUGCUCCUCUGACGAGGACGAGGAGGUGACGGUCACAAGUCAGGCGCUUGUCGAGCGUCGAACGACCAACACCACUCGGAUGACGGACAACGACAACACCAUCACCAUCAAAAUCACCAACGCCACCACGGACUUUGCCCACUCGUGGCCGCACACCUCCACCACCUGCCCCACCCCCAACAUGCGCGACAAAAUGUGGUACGACCUCGACAAGCUUUUUUGCAAAUACUUUCGACCGGCGCCGCGACAGCUCGGCCACUAA